AUGGAGAUGUUUGGCUCGGCUGCAGUCAUUCAAAUCCAAACUGUACCUUUUUGGUAUCACAAUGAAGGCAGUGAUGUCUUUGCGGAUCUCUCAGUGGAAGAGCAUCUUCAAGUGCGUGACUACAUGUCCAAGAUCCCAGGAAUGAAUAUAUCGUUUGGGCCAUCUUCUACGCCUACGACAGAUUACUUGUACCUGAUUGACCUCUCUCUUCCAAAGAAACAUGAGGUUUUGCAUUUUCUUGAUAACAGUGGGCCAAAGCCAGCAAGAGAGGCAACUGCGGUAGUUUUUCAUGGCGGCAAGAACACUAUAAAGGAAUAUGUUGUGGGUCCUCUUCCUCACCCAACCUACCACCAUGAUGUUACGUUUGAGAGAUACAAGAUGGAGAUCCCUUUGACUGCUCGCCCCAUGCACACUGCUGAGCGUGCACAUCUACAAGUGUUCCUCCAGCGUGCUCUUAAACCUGUCAGUACACUGCUGUAUGAAAGUUUUGGCAUGGAUACACCUGUAUUCCAUGCAUACAAUGAAAACAUGCCUAGAGGUACCAAGUCUGGGGACAGACAGACGUGGAUUAGUAUUUGUCGAGAUGAAGAGGGUUUCUUCAUCCAUCCAGUCGGAUUUGUGCUCUUAAUAAACCACAAAAGCACUGAUCCUUUGGCUUGGAGUGUAGAUAAUGUUCUUUAUAAUGGUCAGUACUUUGACAACCUGACACAACUGAUGAACCAUUAUGAAGCGGGAACUAUAGAAAAAAUAAUCUACAAACCAAUUCCAAAUUAUGCAUCGCUCAAACCCAAACAGAAGCCCACAGGUGUCGGACCUCAGCAGUUUUACAUGCAAGGCAAACGAUUCAGUAUAAAGAACAAUCACAUUGUCUACCUUGACUGGAGCUUUACCUUUGGACUAAGUGUUCUUUCCGGAAUGAGAGUUUUUGAUGUUCGUUUUGAAGGUGACAGGAUCAUAUAUGAGCUAAGUGUCCAAGAGGCUAUGUCAGUUUAUGGGUCUGCCAACCCAAAUCUCAUCCUCACCAAGUUCUUGGAUAGAAGCAUGGGUAUUGGUCAGCAUGCCUAUGAGUUGGUCAGGGGCAUUGACUGUCCUUAUUCAGCCACCUAUAUUGACACUUUUCACUUUGUAGACACUGGUGUUCCCUGUCAAUGA